CUGGCUUGUUUGAAUUGGGACGUGCUCCCGGCUCACAGGCGUGGAAUUGGACUGGAUCACCGGUGCGCUGCGGCGCCUCACACCUAUCUACGACGCGCGGAGGCUUGACGCGGUCGAAAACGACGCUGCGCGCGCCGCAGGCCCCCCAAAACCGAGGAGCGCUCUUUUUCAAAACAGCAGCGCGUAGAAGAGUGCGCCGCCCGCGCCGCACCCAUUUUCACGCCGCGCCGCCACCGCGCCAGCCGCCCACAGCUUUUCCGCGCGCGCCGCGCCCCAGCGACGGAGAGGGAACGCGCCGCGGGACCGUCCCACGCACAGGCAAAACGAUGACGACGCUCAGCGCCGGCGCCGUCGAAGGCAUCGUCAACGAGAUCGUCACGAGUGAUGGCGGCGACCGCCCGGUCCUCCAGGUGGCGAAGUUCCAGCCGGUAGGCGGCGCGAACGCGACGCGCCACAAGCUCUGGCUCACGGACGGCUCGCGGUGGGUCUACGCCAUGGCGGCGACGCAGGUCCACGCCUUGCUCCAGGAGGGCGGCGACUUCGCGCCGGGAUGCCUCGUGAGACUCCUCAAGUACUCCGUGAACGACAUGGCCGGCCGCAAGAUCGUCAUCGUCAUCGACCUCGAGGUCGCGGCGGGCCCCCAGAAGUUGAUCGGCGCGCCGACGGGCUACCCGAACGGCGAAGCACUACCGAGCGACGCCCAGCCGGCCGGCGGCGCGCCUGCUCCGCAAGCGGCGCCGAAGAAGCCCGCGCCCGCGCCGGCGAGGGCCGCGCCGAGAAGACCGAGCGCCGGCGGCCGCGCGGCCAUGCCCAUCGCCGAGCUCAACCCCUACCAGCAGCGCUUCUGCCUGCGCGCGCGCGUGACCUCGAAAUCCCAGAUGCGCUACUGGGACAAGCCGACCUCGAAAGGUAACCUCUUCUCCGUCGACCUGCUCGAUGCGUCCGGCGAGAUCCGCGGCACGUUCUUCAAGGAGACGGCGGACAAAGUGUUCCCUCUACUCGAGGAAGGCAAGGUCUACACGUUCCAGGAGACGUCCGGCCGCCUCAAGCCGGCCAACAAGCAGUACACUUCAUUAAGUCAUGAAUUUGAAUUGACCUUCGGCAACGUCACGGUGGAAGCCUGCGACGACGACGCGGGCAUCUCCCAGAUCAAGGGCGACUGGCAGCCCCUGUCGAUAUUCGGCGACGGCGGCGGCCCGCGCGACGGCAACAUCGACGUCGUCGCCAUCGUGCGCAAGGCCGAGCCCGUCGGCACGAUCAUCUCGUCCAAGUCCGGCAAGGAACUGACGAAGCGAGAGGUCGUCCUCUGCGACGACAGCGGUUUUGACAUCCGGUGCACGUUCUGGGGCGACGUUGCUUUGAAGGAGGACGCCUUCUGGGAUUCGCAGCCGACGCUCUGCGCCAAGGGUCUUAGAGUUGGUGACUUCGGCGGCGUUUCCCUCUCGUCAGGCUUCUCCUCCCAAUUAUUGUGGGACAGCCAGGACAUCCCGCGAAGUGUGGAGUUACGACAGUGGUGGUCCGAGGGCGGCAAGGACUCCUCCACCCAAGGCUUGACAGGUGGCUCAGGUGGCGGCAUGGGCGGCCGCGAAGUGCCCUUUGGCGAGCGAGGUGUGCUGGACGACAUCAAGGCCAAACAGCUCGGGUAUGGCGAGAAGCCCGACUACAUCGGGGUUGCGGCCACCUUGAACUUCGUGCGCUCCGAGAAGCUCUGGUACGAGGCCUGCGCGUCCGAGGGCUGCCAGAAGAAGGUCGUGCAAAAUACGGACGGCACGUGGAUGUGCGAGAAGUGCAAUUCUACCAGUGCCGAGUGCCAGCGGCGCUACAUCGUGUCCUGCACCUUCAUCGACGACAGCGGCCAGGCCUGGGUGUCGGCCUUCAACGAAUCGGCCUUGGAACUGUUUGGGAAGGUCGACGCGGACCAACUGGCCGUGUACAAGGAGGAGGUCGACGGCGAGGACGGCAAGUUCGAAUCGUACAUGAAGCAGUUCAACUUCCAGCGCUACGUCCUGAAGCUGCGCGCGAAGGCGGACACGUGGAACGAGCAGACGCGGGUCAAGGUGUCCAUCGCGGACGUCAAGCCCUGCGACUACAAGGCGGAGAGCGCCGCGCUGGUCCAGGCGCUCGCCUGAGUUCCUCCCUCCCCCUGUGGCGUAAGACUUACUCCUCGCUUAGAUGCCUUCCGUGGGGGAAUACACACAACUACAGGUUCUUGCUCGGCCCCCGGCGCCAUGCUCUCGGGCUCCGGUUCGACGACGACGCCCUCGACGACGGGCCGCCCGGCGCCCGGCUCCCGCUCCGCCGGCGGCUGCUUGGCCUCGGGGGCGACGGCGCUACGCGAGGCCAUCUUUUCCCGGCGGGCGGCGGCGACG